AUGGCCGUGCUGCUAUUGCGAGGCGGGUUCAGCUGCCCGCCCGGGUACUACAGCUUCACGGACCUUGAGACGGGCGACGGCUCCCCAGGCGCCUGCCGAGCCCUUGACUGCGGGCCGGGCCAGUACCACGCGAUGGUGGGAAUCACCACUCCCGAGGCAUGCGAGGAGGCGUGCACCGAGAGGAGGGGCGCGGAGUGCUGGGCGUUCGAGUGGUAUCCGAAAGACCCCCGCAAUCUCCCGUCGGGAGCGCCGUGCGAGCUGCACCGCGACACGCCCGUUCAAACCGCGUCCGAAGCUGUGGCAGCUGCGAGCGUAUUGACAGUCCUGAUCUUACUCAACCGUCAGGCCGGGCUGCAGGCCUCCGACCGACCAGCAAAGCGCUUCGUGGUUACGUUCAAUGCGACCUUCGCUGGAUCCAUCGAGGAGUGGAGUAAGCCUCAGCGCUUGCGGACGGCACUUGUGCACACACUGCAGGAUGAAGGCACACUGCAGGAUGAAGGUGGAGGCUGGUGA